ACGGCCUCCAUGGUUACGAGAAGCUCGCGAGCCGCUGGAGGUACCCCGCGCGAGGCUACGCUCCGUCGUCUGUCCUGUAAGCGCUCUCUGCGGACCGGACCGGACCAUGGGCUUGCUGUCGAUCCUGCGGAAGCUGAAGAGCUCUCCAGACCAGGAAGUGAGGAUCCUGCUGCUCGGCUUGGACAACGCAGGCAAGACCACCCUGCUGAAACAGCUAGCCUCCGAGGAUGUGAGCCACAUCACCCCCACGCAGGGCUUCAAUAUAAAGAGUGUGCAGUCUCAGGGCUUCAAGCUCAACGUGUGGGACAUUGGGGGCCAGCGAAAGAUCCGGCCCUACUGGAGGAACUACUUUGAGAACACAGAUGUCCUGAUUUAUGUGAUUGACAGCGCAGACAGGAAGCGAUUUGAGGAAACGGGCCAGGAACUUGCCGAGCUUCUAGAAGAAGAGAAACUGAGCGGGGUCCCAGUGCUCGUGUUUGCCAACAAGCAGGACCUGAUGACCGCCGCCCCAGCAGCGGAGAUCGCCGAGGGACUCAACUUGCACACCAUCCGGGACCGAAUAUGGCAGAUCCAGGCUUGCUCGGCAGUCACUUCAGAGGGAGUGCAGGACGGCAUGACAUGGGUGUGCAAGAAUAUAGCCACAAGAAAGAAAUAACAAUGGGGGCAUACAGUGGUUCUUAAACUAUGAGGAUUGUACCAAAAGUAAUGAGCAUAUUAAUUGUACGAUUCAGUAAACAUAUGAAUAGGAAAUUACUACAUGUCAAUCAAGCUGCCCCCCCCCCCUUUUUAAACACUUUUCUAUCAAUUCCCCCUUCUGAUUAAUGCAUUUCUCUACCAUUGUGAAAGUUUGAAAAUCGCUUUGCGGUAGGAGUCAGUUCCAGCCGUACCAACAUACGGACCUACUCGUUUCUGGACAGCCUCAUCAUCUCGCAGUGAUGAUUUUGGAUCUUUUUUGGGCAAUGUUGGGCAAAGAUCAAGUAAUUAAGCCAGUUUUUGUUACUGCUCAUUAUGCUAUGAAAAGUGUCAUCGCUUUCAGCAGCAUAGUGUUCUAGUAAUUUCCAAGAAAAGGUUUUUUUUCAACAAAUUUUGUGCUAUUUUGUUAGCGUGGCACACAGUAGACAAAAACUUUGCAUUAUUGCAAACUUUCCACUGUCUUCUGGGCCGCAUUGUGCCUGGUGCCAGUCUCUCCUGCCACUUUUCUGAUUGUCACACGUCCAUUCUCUUUUUUUUAAGACCUCAUCAGUACUUUUUGUUGGUCUCCUUAGAGGCGACCUCUUCAGGGCUGAUCUGCAAUUUUAAUGCUCUUUACCCAUCAUCUGACAUAGCCAGGAAUUCCAUAUGUACACUGAAGUUUCUUGUGACUAUUUACUUCUUUAAAAAAAAUUCAGGCAUAUGUUUUCUCAACAUGCAUGCUUGUCAGCCAUUUCUUGUCACAGAUACAAAUGCAUGAUGGAAGCAGGCGACAUCGUGUUUAAUUCAGGUAUGAGAGAGUAGAUGGAACCGCUAGUUACGUUACCACUCAUUCCUAAAUUUUCAGGCAUUUCUUUGUCAUUCCAAUAUGCUCACUACUUUCAUGACCCUUGUAUAAUCUCAGACAAUUCAACAGAGGCAUGAAAUAAAGGGAACAAAUAGUAUUUAUUUUCA